AUGUUAGAAUCAUCAAAACUUAUUGGAGCGGGAUUAGCAACUAUUGGUCUAGCAGGUGCUGGAGUUGGUAUAGGUGUAGUGUUUGGGUGUCUAAUUAUAGGAGUGGCUAGAAAUCCAUCCUUAAAAAAUCAAUUAUUCUCAUACUCAAUAUUAGGGUUUGCUUUCUCAGAAGCAACUGCCUUAUUUGCUUUAAUGAUGGCUUUAUUAUUAUUAUAUGUUGUAUAA